UUUCAAAUUGUUUUUAACCCCGUAAACUGGGCGGGAAAAGCAUUUUGUCAAGAAACCUUUCCGUUUCGCUCGUCGGGCUACAAAGAUCCUUGAUCACAGAGAUGCGUGGAUCAAGCGACUCCGAUGUGACGAAUGUAAGCGUGGGAUCGUCCGGAUCGCGGACGGAAAAUCUGGCAACAGCACGCCGUCGAUUCUUGCCAUCUUCAUCCCCGAACGCCUUCUUAACCCCGGCCUUCACCGCUGCAGCAUCGGCGGGUGGAUCCAUCUCUAACAGCCCCUUAGACAUCGACCCUUCUCUGCUUCGUUUUACGCAAUCUCGCCUUAGUCGACUCCACUUUUCCUCGUCCUCUUCGUCCAACGAGUCACCAGACUCCAGUUCUCCCUCCGCGGCUGUGGCUGCGCGGAUGCGGCUGCAGCAACUCCUCAACCUUAAAUCGCUCUCCUCUUCAUCCCGGCGCGGCUCCACCCGGAGUCCCCUGUCUCCUAUUGAGAAUCUUCAAACGCCACCUUUAGCUACGAUGUCUUCUCCGUCAUAUCACAUCUACAAUAAUCCCAUGAAGAUGAUGGAAGAGGACGUCCUGGUGAUGGAUGCUCUGUCCGAGUCCGUGCUAAUGCCAGGCCGGACUCGCCAACCCCUGGAACAUUUCACAUCCUCUUCCUCCUCUUCAUCUGCUAACCACAAUUCCGUCAACGCCAACUUCUUCUUUAAGACUGAGAUCUGCCGCUCCUGGGAAGAAUCUGGAUUUUGCCGCUUUGGUUCCCGUUGCCAGUUCGCACACGGAAAGGAAGAACUGCGCGAUAGCCCUCGUCAUUCAAAUUUGAAGCCGGAGAGUGGCAAACUAGGCCCAGUCGUUGCAUCCAGCGUAUAUGACGAUAAAUAUGCCCGAUCUGAAGCAAUUGAUUCUACUUCUGCUCGUCCUGUCGUGAUUGGUAAGACUGGUAGUAAGAAGAUGAAAAUCAUCAAUUCGAAUCGAGACUCGCUUCAGCAGAAGCAGGACCCACAAUUCUCUUGGCCACCAACAGAUGGUGAGGAGGCUGAGAUACAACAGUUGCUCUACGGGCCUAAUCGAUGUGGCAGAAGGCUCCCGGUAUUCACAGAUAUUUGCCCUGACCCAGAUUAAUUCUCUUCAAAAUCUUAACAUUUUGUUGUUAGGUUCUCCCCUGGUUUACGUUUCAGAUCUUGACAAACCUUCUGUUUUCAUACCUUAUAUUUUUUCUUUUGAAUCAUAGAUUUCUUUUACUUUUUCUUAUGCAUUUUAUUCGUAUUUUUUUCUAUGUGAUAAUACUUUGGA